AUGAAAAUAAGUCAGCUGAUUGAUGGAACGAAAGCUGUAGUUACGCUUCACCCGGUGCUGAACAUCAGCAACUGCGUAGCAGCAUCAGCAGCUAUUAGGAUGCCAGAAGCACAACUACUGGAGCGGUUGAGUCCGCAAGGGAUUUGCAAGGCUAUGCUCAUCGGAAAAGGGGAUCAACAGGGUCGGAAUUGGGUGAAACGGUACAACAUCCACGGCAACUCAGUUCAACCGGUAGACUCACCUCCAAUGGGAACUCACUAUUUCACCGAGAUACUCGAGACCAUUCCAACCGGCCGUGGAGGGCCUCCUGUGGACCAACAAGUAAACAGCGAACCGGCGACCCUGCUCGCUGUUCUCGAAGCACUCCAUCGAAGGCCACUCGUGGUGGCUGCCUACAACGACGCAAGAAGCUCAGACUCCCGGAACGAGCAGGAGCCAAAACCGAGCUUUGCCAGCCCCAUAGAAAAUGUGACAGUUCCUAUCGGUAGAGAAGCUACGUUAAGUUGUGUUGUACAAAAUUUAGGUGCCUAUAAGGUUGGAUGGAUGCGUGCUUCCGAUCAGACCGUGCUGGCCCUGCAGGGUCGCGUCGUAACACACAAUUCACGCUACAGCGUGACCCAGGAGGAGUCGAACGUGUGGCGGCUGAAGAUCCGAAACGUGCGGGAAUCAGACCGCGGUUGCUACAUGUGUCAAAUCAACGCAACGCCACUGCAGAAGCAAGUGGGCUGCGUCGACGUGCAGCUGCCGCCGGAUAUUUCGGACGAGCAGUCCUCGUCGGAUAUGACGGUUCGCGAGGGAGGCAACGUGACAUUCUUCUGCAAAGCGACCGGUCAUCCGACCCCGAAGGUGACUUGGAGGCGCGACGAUGGCAGUCCGCUAUAUCAGCAGCGGAACGGUACCGAGCUGCGACGAGUUGAUACCCAUAUCGGCAAUUUUCUAAAUUUAUCAACCGUAGAUAGGAGACAGAUGGGCGCCUACCUGUGCAUCGCGUCGAACGAGGUCCCGCCGGCCGUCAGCAAGCGAGUCUAUCUCAACGUGAACUUCGCCCCGAACGUCACCACGGGCAAAACCCUGCUCGGCGUCUACGAGGACUCGGACAUCGAGCUGGAGUGCGCGGUCGAGUCGUUUCCCCGAUCGGUCAACUAUUGGACCAAGGUUUCCAGCGGCGGCGGCGGCGGUAGUGCUGGCAGCAAAAGUGGUUCCGAUCACCGGCAGGAAAUCAUGCUGACCAACGAGCACAUGGAAAUCCGUGAACAGUACACCAACCUGUACUCGGGCCGGGCCACUCUCCGGAUCCAGCGCUUCAGCACCGCCGACGCCGGCAGUUACAUGUGCAUAUCAUCGAACGCCUUCGGCAAGGCAAACAAAACCAUUAGAGUUUAUGAAAUCAAACGGCCAACAACCACCACCACCACGACCACAACGACGACAACAACCACGACCACGACGCCGGAGCCACCCACGACGAUGCCACCGGAGCGGAGGACCACUCUUAUGGGACACAAAGCACCGGACGUGGUGCAGCACCCCCCGACCGACUUCAUCGUCGAGUACAUCACCAACCCGCCGGUGUACGUCGAGUAUGGACCCAAUGGGGAGCCGUACUUCAACCACUACCCGCAGCUGACGGCGUACUCCAAGUCUUCCCCGGCGAACCACGGGGGUCACGGUGGGACGGGCGGCGCUGGUGGCGGGGCCGCCGGCGACGAUUCGUCCUCCUGCAGCUCGCUGCUGGUGUCCUCCGGCGAGGAACGCCUCAUGACCAUUCUGGUUAUGACGGCUCUGUCGUGUUUGUCGUUUUUUCGUUUCUUUCAAAUCUAUCUUCCCUGGAUAACGUUUUUUCUGCUGCUCCUGCUGAUCGGCCGGAAGCCCAAGGAGAAAAGUUUCCACCUGAUCGAACGGCAUGGGGCGGUGUGAGCGCUGGGGUAAUUGAGGGUGAAUGUUAAGUUGUUUUCUUCUGUUCUAUUUUUGGGUUCCCAUUUCUAAGUUAGUAAGUUCGUAGGAUCAUAUUUUAUUAAGAUUGAGAGAAGAUAAAUGCUAGGCGAUAAUGAAAUGGCAGCAGAUUGAAAAUGAUGAUAUGUCUUCUGGGGAGACAGAAGACAACGUUAAAUAAAUAAAUGAAAUAUUUCUAGUAAAACUGUAUAUAAGCGGAAUCAGAAUCAAGGUGUCGUAUGAGUCUGAAUCCCUAUUGUGAGAGUAAAAAAAUGUGAAUUAAAUAAUAGGAAACAGUUACAAGAACAAAUGAGACAAGUACGUUUAAUAAAUGAUGUAUAUUAUAAC